AAUCUAGAGAGAUCUUCAUAACGGAAGUCUACGUUGCAAAAUGGUACAUGUGUUUUCAGUUGUCUGCUUCUCCCUCUUUGUCGGCGUUUUUCCAGUUUCCUCAGCAGAUGACGGACAGUGCUACACAUUUGGUGGUGACAGGCAAUGUUAUGCCUCUCCAGGAGGGCAUGUCUAUCCACAGGAAACUCGUAGAACGUCAGGACAUGCAAUUCAGUGGAGCCAAGCUGUCAUUUCUAAGCCAGCUCCUGAUUGGAAUGGUACAGCUGUGAUUGAUGGAGCAUUUAAGGAUAUCAGAUUAGUAGAUUUUAAAGGGAAAUGGCUGGUUUUCUUCUUUUAUCCUCUUGAUUUCACAUUUGUUUGUCCAACAGAAAUUAUUGCCUUCAGUGACAGGGCUAAAGAAUUUGAGAAGAUAAACACUCAGGUCAUUGCAUGUUCUGUCGACUCACAAUUUACACAUCUGGCUUGGAUAAGUAAGGCUAGAAAUGAGGGAGGACUUGGACCAAUUAAAAUUCCUCUUUUGUCAGACAUCACACAUGAAAUCUCCAAAGCAUAUGGUGUAUUUUUACAAGAUUUAGGACAUAGUUUGAGAGGUUUAUUCAUCAUUGAUCCUAAAGGGAUAUUACGACAGAUCACAAUGAACGAUCUUCCUGUUGGUAGGUCUGUUGAUGAGACAUUGAGAUUAGUACAGGCAUUCCAGUAUACAGACAAGCAUGGAGAAGUUUGCCCAGCUGGAUGGAAACCAGGCAGUGAUACAAUCAUUCCAGACCCUAAGGAAGCUCAGAAGUAUUUCAGUAAACAGAAAAAUUCCGACUAGAAAUCAUCUUCAAAGUACAGAUUACAAAGACACAAGAAAUUCUUCUCUGUUUUAUCUAAUUUACAAAUAAUGUAUUUCUAUCUAGUGCAAUAAUCUAUUUAUAUAUUACUGACUUUUGAUAAGUGUUAGUAUAAUUUUUAGGUGUUAUGAAAAAAGUCUGUUUCUAGAGAUACAUCUGAAACUAGUUAUUUAUCAAUGAAUUUGAAAAAAGAGCUGUUCUAUUAAAUCUUCCCUUUCUCCCUUCUCACAUUAAUCAUAUUUAAGAAUUCUUUACAUUUGAUUGGUUAAACAUUUUCAGUUUCUACUAUAAAAUCUUACAAGUUUAUGCAUAAUAAAUCAAUAGAAGGGGGUCAUUCUGUUUGUUUCACUCUGUUAAAUGAUUAGUAAAAGAAAUGUGUUCAGUUACCAUGGUAAUCAUGACCUUCAUCUUGUAAAAUUGUAAAUUGAUCAUGUUUUGUUGUCGUAACGUUAAAGUGAAAUGAUAUUCAAUAAUUUAAUCUGGAAUACUUUUGCCAAAUAUAUGUACAAAAUCUAAUGAAAAAUAUGGCUACAUUACUCUGAACAGUCUCAAUGAUUGUAGCUAAAAGUCUUAGUUUACAUGGGAGAUAACCAAAUGUAUACUUCUUUAUUUUUUCAGUUUUGGAGUUCAUUUAUUUAAAGUGAAAUAUCUUCCA